GUGACUCUGAUGUUAGAAAAAAGUUCAAGAAAGCAACUUCGGUUAAGAAAACCAAGCAAUCCCCUAAAGAAAAGAGACUUUCCCAUAUCAAGUCUGGUAAAGGAAUAAGAACUGCUCAUAAUAUGUCUGCCCACAUGAAAACUAAGUCUGAUGAAGGACCUUAUGUCUGUGAAGAAUGUGGUAAAAUGUUUGGCUCCUGGUUCAAAUUAAGAACUCACAUUACAACUCACACGAGAGAAGUCUUUUACGUGUAAAGAAUGUGAUAAACAUUUUAGCCUUUUAUCUUAUCUCAAAACACACAUGAGAACUCACAGGGGAGAGAAACCUCUUUGUGGUAAAGAAUGUGAUAGGAGUACUAAUCAAAGAACUUCCCUUAAAGCACACGUGAGAACUCGUAUAGAAGAGAAGCUUUUAAUGUGUAAAGAAUGUGACAGAAGUUUUAGUCGAGUUUCUAAUCUCAAAUCACACAUGAUAACUCAUACUGGAGAGAAGCCUUUUACAUGUAAAGAAUGUGACAGAAGUUUUAGUCGAAUUUAUACUCUCAAACAACACAUGAGAACUCAUACAGGAGAGAAGCCUUUUACGUGUAAAGAAUGUGACAGAAGUUUUAGUCGAAUAUCUACUCUCAAAACACACAUUAGAACUCAUACCGGAGAGAAGCCUUUCACAUGCAAAAAAUGUGACAGAAGUUUUAGUCAAAUAUCUAGUCUCAGAAAACACAUGAGAACUCAUACAGGAGAGAAGCCUUUUACGUGUAAAGAAUGUGACAGAAGUUUUAGUCUGAUAUCUAGUCUCAAAACACACAUGAGAACUCAUACAGGAGAGAAGCCUUUCACAUGCAAAGAAUGUGACAGAAGUUUUAGUCAAAUAUCUAGUCUCAAAACACACAUGAGAACUCAUACAGGAGAGAAGCCUUUUACGUGUAAAGAAUGUGAUAUGGGUUUUUGUCAAUUAUCUCAUCUUAAAUCACACAUUAGAACUCACACAGGAGAGAAGCCCUUUUCUUGUAAAGAGUGUCCAAAACAUUUUAGUCAUAUGCAUAGUCUCAAAAUACACAUGAGAACUCAUACACGAGAGAAGCCUUUUUCUUGUAAAGAAUGUGACAGGUGUUAUAGUCAAACAAACAGUCUCCAAGCACACAUGAGAACUCACACAGGAGAGAGACCUUUUCCUUGUACAGAAUGUGAUAGAAGUUUCAGGCAGAUGGCUAAUCUCAAAAUACACAUAAGAACUCAUACAGGAGAGAAGCCUUUUACAUGUAAAGCAUGUAACAGAAGUUUUAGUAAAAAAACUACUCUCAAAAGACACAUGAGAACUCAUUCAAUGGAGUUAAAAUUUGCUACUUAAAAAAAAACAAAGGAAAAUUUACAGCAGGCAUCAGGAAGUGAAGAAAGUAAGUUUAUAUAGAAAAAUUAAAAUUUUGUUGAAAAUUAUUCUAUUCCUUUUCUAAGAGAAUGAGUGCACUAAAGAUUUUAGACAUGUAACCCAUUUUUUGGUGAUGUUAUUUAAGAGGGUAUGAAACCCCCAGGUUUUCCUUCUCAGAAAAUUAGAAUUUAAAAUGUGAAUAAAUGUUCAAAACUCCAGAGGGCCCACGCAAAUCUGCUAAAUAACUCCCAACAGUUGCAGAGCCUUAAAAGAGCUUUUAAGUGCAUAAUAAUAUUUCCUCACACAAAAAAAAAAACUAGCAAAGCGGUAUUUUGUUCCAUUCAUCUCUGAGCAAUGCUCUCCAACCUUGCUCUGUGAGUACCAGCCCAAACCCUGAGAACGACUGGGUCUUCAUAUUCAUACGUAUGAAUGAAUGUGGGGGAACAGCCCCUUCCUGGAAGUGUGUGCUCCCAGCACCCCCUCAGGCUAAACACCUUUAAAACUUCUGGAAUUCAGAAGAAGGAAAGGAGCUUGCAGAAAUACAGCUUCCCCCCCUUAUUCCCUGGGGUUAGGGACAGAGACGUCUGCGAUUGAGAGGGAGGGGGAGUUGCCGUUUUCUUCAUAUCCAUUCCCCUCUGGGGAAAUUCCUACUGCAUCUUUGGGAAAAAAAGUUACAUAGAAGCGUCUUGAGUCGUCUGAGUUUUUGUGAUGAACUGGAGAAGUCGCAUGAUGGAAACAUUUCAUGAAUACGUGAAUUGGUGAGUACUGAAAAGUGAAUAAGCAGGGGAACCCUGUAACUCAUUUGAAUUUUUAGAUUUAGAUUUAUUUCAACCAUGUAAAGAAAAAAAAAACAAAAGCAUAAAACACAGUAAAAAAAAAA